CCCUAUAAGUCACUGCUUCUGCAUCAGAUUUUUUCAGCUGCAACUACCUACAGGGUGGGGCACCCAUCUCAGGCAGAAGGUUUUGGUGCCCUCCACUGACCCUACACCCAGGGCUGCUACUGCCGCUCGUGGCUUCAGGGAUGAGGCAGUCCACUGGAGGAGGAGGAGGAGGAGAGAAGAGGGAAACAAAAUAUUGGGGCACGACCACAGCCUUAUAAAGGAUGAAAGGUGAGACUCCAGUGAACAGCACUAUGAGUAUUGGGCAAGCACGCAAGAUGGUGGAACAGCUUAAGAUUGAAGCCAGCUUGUGCCGGAUAAAGGUGUCCAAGGCAGCAGCAGACCUGAUGACUUACUGUGAUGCCCACGCCUGUGAGGAUCCCCUCAUCACCCCUGUGCCCACUUCAGAGAAUCCCUUCCGGGAGAAGAAGUUCUUCUGUGCUCUCCUCUGAGCUGCCCUGUCCUUCUCACAACUCCUCACUUUUCCCUCUCCGGGGCCCUUCCUUAGUCUGUAAUUGUGAGCCCCUGAGGCUCCCUGCAUCCCAUCCUUAACCCUUGCCUGACUAUGUGAGGUUAUCUGAAGCACAAGGCCCGCCCUCACCUAUCUGUUGACCCAAUUUCCUCCGCCUUGUGGCCGACCCCAAGGACCCCAGAGACAUGAGGCACCCUUUGCCCCACCCACAGCAGGGCCCCAUCAGACUCUGCCAGCAACCUGCCCGCUUCCCUUGGUGACCCGCUCAGACAGUGGAGAGAGGGAUUGGCCAGGUGCUUGCUCUCUGCCUCACCUGGAGCUACUGGGAGGGUAAAGCCAUUUUAAGAAUAAAGUCAUCCAGAGCCUCA